GAGGGAGGGAGUAGAAGCUCACACACACCACCAGUGCGUGUGUGUGAGUGUGUGUGCGUAGAUGUGUGCAAGAGAAAGGGGGGGGGAGAGAGAGAGUGAGGGAAAGAGAAAGGCUGAGAGCUGGGGCAUAAAGGCAAUUGUUGUGGCGGAAACUGCUCUGGUUAAUGCUGUAAGGCUCGAUAGCGGGAUUACUUCAGUUCUACAGCCCAGAAGAAGAGCCAGAGGAGAGGGAUGGAGAUUCCCACUGAGGGCACUCAAAACGCCUCCUGGUUUAUCAGUCUCACCCACAGACCUGAGAGGAGAGCUCAGCACGACUUCAUCUAAAGAAGGAGUACAUCUGUGAGUUGUCUGAACCUCCUUUUGGACACUGUCAACCUCCGUUCCAUCCAGGGGUCAAAAUGAGGAAUUGCAGCCCUCUGGGCAAACCUGGAAUGGUGCUUUUACUGGUCACCUGCCCCCUGCUGGCCAUGCUGCAAGGUGCAACCAGUAAAGCUGAGAGUGGCCAUCUUGGAGACACUGACCCGGACAGGUGCAUGAGGCACCAUUUUGUGGAGACCAUCACCCACCCCAUCUACAAGUGCAACUCUAAGAUGGUCCUGCUGGCACGUUGCGAGGGCCAGUGCAGCCACACGUCCCGCUCCGACCCCCUCAUCUCCUUCAGCUCGGUCCUGAAGCAGCCCUUCAAGAGCACCUGCUUCUGCUGCCGCCCCCACACCUCCAAGCUGAAGGCCGUACGGCUGCGCUGCUCCGGCGGGACCCGCAUCACCGCCACCUACCGCUACAUCCUGGCGUGCAGCUGCGAGGAGUGCAGCUGAGCCCUGAGGAGGGGGCGGGACUUCCUGUCCCCACAGGAAGUGCUGAAUCCCAACACGGGAGGGACUCUUUUAUGACUACCAGCAGUGGGGGGCAGGACUUCCUUUCCCAACAGGUAGUACCAAAUCCUGACACGUAGGGACUUUUUCAUGAAAGAUGUAAAGAAAAUAUUACAAACUGACUAAACUCUGCCAGAGAGGGCGUCUGGACUUACUUGCCCAACAGUGCUCAAUCUCAAUAAAAAGGGUGCCCUUUUGCAGAAAAUCUCUCUUUUUCAACAAAAAAAAAUAUUUAAAAAACUGGGAAAGAACGAGGGAAGUAACAAGGAGCUGAAUACUCAUAAAACCUAAAUCAGAAACAGGACUCUGCCAGCAGUGCUAAAACAAUGCAGGUCGUCAAACAUCUAUGACAAUAAACUGCCCCCCCUUCAAACAGGAUUUCCAUUAUAUGCCAAAAUACAUGGAAUAUACAACCACACCUGUAGUGAUGUUUGACAUGCUCCAUUGCUUUGGUCUGUGUAAUUAAAAGAUGGCUACAAUAUUGCAGGCUGAAUACCUUUUGGAAGUACAUCACGCCGGAAUACUUUUAUGCCAUUCCUCUGUGUGGGCUACACGUUGCCCAAAGCGCGGCUCUGUGCAUGGGACCUGCUAGCUCUGCAGGGUCAGGACUCCCGUUGCAUUGCGGGUACUGGGCCCCUAAGGGACUGCACAAAGUGGCUAUCUACAGUGCAAACAAUGGAAAAGGACUAUGGACCGCUAACUCCAGAAGGAACAUAUGACCAGUGUAAUGUCUUGAAUGUGCAUUUCAUUUACAGCUAAUAUUUUCAUUGUCAUUUUAUUAUUAAUAAUAUUAUUAGCUUUGUAAUUAUUGUUAUUGGUAUUUUUAUUAAUUUACCGAUGGGACAGUCGCAGCAGAACUGUGAUGUGAAGAGUUUUGACAUGCUGGAGUGAGUUCUUUAUUUCCUCUCAGGUGUGAGCCCCCAUGAUGAGUAGAGACCUGUUGAGGACACAUCGGGGGGACUAGACCUUAUCCAUACCGUUUAUACCAAGACAUCACAUAGAAAAUCACUUCUGAACAUUUGUGUUCCAAACUGUCAAAUAAAGGCUUACAAAUUGUGAGCCUUUACAAAAGAAAAGCUGUCAGGAGAGUUGAAUUCAAUUUGACAAUUUGUCCUGCCAGUAUGAACAAAGAGUGGUUCGAAUUGUUUAAACGAGGUCUGCACAUUUUCACUGAGAUAAUUGCGACCAAUCAGAGUUCAGUUUGGUAGCGACACAUGAAUUCUAAAAUGCCUCAUUUGCCUUCUCUACUUUGAGACUGAAUGUAUACGCUAAUAAUUUAAAACAUUGGACACAUUGUCCACUGAUAAGCACUGCAAUUCCAGAAAAGGGUUUCAUUUUAUUUGCAGAAUCCAAAAAUCCAGACUCAAUGUGAAUCGGUUUUUGACAAUAAACAUUCUCCCUUUGUUUAAAGAUUGA